CCUGCCAGCCCUGCCCCCCCAGCCCUGCCAGUGCCCCCACUCCCGACCCCAGCCCCUGCCAGCCCUGCCACCACAGCCCUGCCACUGCCCCCCACUCCCGACCCCCAGCCCCUGCCAGCCCUGCCCCCCCCAGCCCUGCCAGUGCCCCCACUCCCGACCCCCAGCCCCUGCCAGCCCUGCCCCCCCAGCCCUGCCACUGCCCCCCACUCCCGACCCCCAGCCCCUGCCAGCCCUGCCCCCCCAGCCCUGCCAGUGCCCCCACUCCCGACCCCCCGCCCCUGCCAGCCCUGCCCCCCCAGCCCUGCCACUGCCCCCCACUCCCGACCCCCAGCCCCUGCCAGCCCUGCCCCCCCAGCCCUGCCAGUGCCCCCACUCCCGACCCCCAGCCCCUGCCAGCCCUGCCCCCCCAGCCCUGCCACUGCCCCCCACUCCCGACCCCCAGCCCCUGCCAGCCCUGCCCCCCCAGCCCUGCCACUGCCCCCCACUCCCGACCCCCAGCCCCUGCCAGCCCUGCCCCCCCAGCCCUGCCAGUGCCCCCACUCCCGACCCCCAGCCCCUGCCAGCCCUGCCCCCCCAGCCCUGCCAGUGCCCCCCACUCCCGACCCCCAGCCCCUGCCAGCCCUGCCCCCCCCAGCCCUGCCAGUGCCCCCACUCCCGACCCCCAGCCCCUGCCAGCCCUGCCCCCCCAGCCCUGCCACUGCCCCCCACUCCCGACCCCCAGCCCCUGCCAGCCCUGCCCCCCAGCCCUGCCAGUGCCCCCACUCCCGACCCCCAGCCCCUGCCAGCCCUGCCCCCCCAGCCCUGCCACUGCCCCCCACUCCC